GCAAGAGGAGAGCCCCACGCACCGAAGGCGUAGUGCCAUGCAACCCAUGGUUGAGGACGAGGAUGACAUGCCACCACCGCCGCCAAUGCAUAAGCGCAACGCGAGCACGCUGCCUCACCCCGGCCGUGAGAGCCAAGACAGGUACCACAACGAUGCUCCAGCGCCGCUCAGUUUUGGAGCGCGAUCCCAAGAAGAUCCUCGUCGGAUCAGUUUCGAUGCAGCACCGCCCCAGCAGUACGAGCCUAUUGACUAUGCCCCUCGGCAACCUUCGGAGCGACGAUACACGCAUCCCCGCAUGCCAACGCAAUCACCAAGUCGUCCGGUAUCCCGGGACGCCAUGGCGCCCUCUCCACUGAGACAGGAGCCUCUCCGGCAAGAGUCUGUGAGACAAGAUGUGCAAGCCUUGCCAUCUAGUCUUAUCCCCGGAAUCAGCCCCGUAAGACAGGAGAUUGAGCCUGCGUCAUAUGAUGCGCCUCCGUCUUAUGAGUCUGCGCCACGGCUGCGUCACUACUCCGAGCCUGCCGAGUAUCGGGCCAUUACCCAGUUUGAAACGCCCGUACAGUCACAGGAACUGGUUCACCACUCGGCGUACCACAUGAAUGAUUACUAUCCUCACGAUCCUCCCGAGCAGCCCCGCCAGCGAUCUCCUCCGGUAUAUGAUCCUACUCCUAUUGUCAAGCCUCGUGCUACGAGUCCUGGUGUGAAUCCGCGAUACUCGCCUAAUCCGGUCCCUGAUCGCUACUCUCCCCAUCCUGAUAUGGACCGUCACUCACCUAACCCGGUCACUGAGCGCUCUGCCCGACUGCCUGCGCGUAGCAUGCCGACUCGCAAAUCGGUAUCGCCUCGUCCACCACCUCCUCUCGAAAACUCAAGCGAACGCAGGUUAUCUGGAAUUGCAUUCAACCCUGACAGCUUCGAUGUUUACAACCCGAGGGUUUCCAAAUCACCAAUUCCUUCCGACGAUGAGCCUGACCGCCCGGGUAGUCGCAUGGAGUAUAAUGAAAAGGGCCAAAUUGUUACUUUCAGUGGCCGGGUUGUUGAUGCUUCAGAUCACCUGCCAGUCGACAAUUGGGCACCUGAGCCUGUACCCAAAGGCACUGUGAAAGAAAAGGCUCCUCGUACACGACCUCAGCUGAACGGCAGCCGUGACCUUGAGGCUGCGAUGCAGCGUGAAGAGAGGUAUCAACGCGAUCGCGCUGAACGGGAGCGCAUCCGCCAUGCCGCAAGCAUGAACUUUGACAACAGUAAUGCCCUUGUCCCUUCGGGGCAUGAUUUCAAUGAUUACAGCUCGCCCGUCAAUGCUGGAGCGCUUGUACUCGCCAGCCACCGCGCUCCGCAAUACAUGUCAAAUACGCGUCCCAGAGUGCAGACGCGUGAUCAGCAGCCACGCCCCGUCUCUGCCUAUGACAACCCGCAAUACAAUCUGCCAGACCGGCAAGUUCUUCGUGAACGUGACAACCCCAACACGUACGGCGGUAGCUAUGACCACCGCGGCACUCACCGACACAGUGUCGCUGCACCGCCUAUUCCCGCAAAGGUGCCUAUCGACAUGGGCGGAGGCGGCUAUGGCUCUCAGAACGAUGAAAUGGCACUCAGUCUGGAACUCCAAAGCAUCGACAUUGGACCUGGAUCUGGAGGACGACGACCACGAGCUACGGUUAGACGACAGUAUGGAUACUAACGGUAAAUGUGAAACAAGGUGACGCGUUCUUGCACGUUUUGUAUUGUUUUUGUUUCCCUUAUCAUGCUCUCACAGCUCUGUACGAUAAUGUGUUUUGUUUUGUUUUCUGCUUUGUUUUUGCUGUUCUCUUUUUCUUCAUGGAAGGAUGAGGGUGGGAAAAGAAGGUAGGUGUAGGAAAGGGAAGGAAAGCAAGGGCAAAGUGGCGUUGUUCUUCUCUUUUCUUUUGGAUCCGGUGUUCCGGUGUCCAAGAUUGGUGCUCGCUCGAUGUCUUGGUCAUAGCCGACUAGGACAUGUCGGAGUCUUUUUCUUUUCUUUUCUUUCUCCCCCCGUUCCUUUCCUGAUUCAGGUGGGCGGGGUUCUUUUUUUUUCAUGUCCAAAUAUACUUAUUCUAAAGAGGCUUAGUUUGCAAACAGAUAGAUAUCCUGCGCAAAGGUGCGUGUUCCCAUCCUUUUCUUCUUCCUUUCUUAUUACGCGCUCGUAAUACAUACAUCUAC